AUGCCCAUGCUCACCUCUCAUACUCUAAUUUCACAAAAACUUCAGACAAGCUGUGGCAGACAUAUAAUGAUGCCAGAUACUAUGAUUCUUUUGCAAUUAUUUAUUAUUGGAAAACUUUUAGAAAAAAUGUCUCACAAAUGGAAGAAUGGAAUUUUUGGCUGCUUCAACGACUGCAGCAUCUGCAUCCUUAGCUUCCUCAUCCCAUGUUACAUCGCUGGAAAGAAUGCGAAGGGAGUUGGAAGAAGUUGUUUGAUCUUCGGUUGCUUGUCCAUACUUGAGCCAAUCGGAUGCCUUGCCAGGAGUGUGAUCAGGCAGGACAUCAGGACAAAGCACAACAUUGAGAUAAUACGUUUGACUGAGUACGUGGUUUUCAAACAACUAACACAUGUGUGA